UAGGGUCGCCGGGACGCCAUUACGAACAAGGUAAAGAGCGGUGUUCCUUGAUUGGUUGGUCGGCGGAGGUGGAGGGGAGGAGACCGUGCCGUAGGCGGACUCAACCUUUUCGAGCGGUCGCACCCUUCGUAAUCACAGACGAGCAAGCAGUCGUUGCUUCAACAUCGUCAAUAUCCGAAAACACGGUGUGACGACAGUUAUCGGUAGCUAUAGUCACUUUUUCAUGAAUUUUGCCGACGAAGGAAAAUACGCCGUGUACCGAUUUUGGAGCGCGGUAACCGAACGUCGCGAAUUUCUCUGAUAAUAAUCAAACGAACACCUUCAGUGCCCGUGCCUCGGAAGUGCUUAGUGUCAGUGACGAGACAUUACGCGUCGAAAACUCGAGUUUCCGUGAACGUUACACAGUUGUUCCGCGAUGGGGCACCCGUCGGUCUGUUGAAGUCAGUCGAUGUCACAUCGCCGUGGAAGUCGUUUCUUUUCGUCCGUGCAUGCCGUGGCUUGGAAGCUUUUCGGUGUCGUUUUCAUCGUUAUUCGACGUUAGUUACGUGCAACCGUGACGGGUGCACGGUAUCCGCCAGAUCCCAUGACGGACAUCAGCAGCAUCGGUAUGGUCUCUUAUUACAAUCCCCUCGCGAUGUACCGGCAGCAACAGCAAUCUGCCGGUCAACAGCCGCUGGCACAGCAAGUCCAGCAACACGGUCAAGCGCAACAGGCGCAGCAACACGCGACCGUCACUUCCGGCGACGGUGGACAGCAAUAUUGGUACGGAUAUCCUCACAGCCACUCGCAUUCGACCCAUCACCAAGCUGCCGCUGCCGCCGCCGCCGCUACUCAACAGUAUCUCGAUCACACGGAGGUACUGUCCGGUUGGUCGCAUCCUCACGCGCAUCAUUACACACAUCUUCAAUACCAGCAUCAACAAGCUUACCAGCAACAACAACCGCAAAUGACCACGGUGCCCGACUGGAGCGGAGACGAGACGAAUCCCGCGGUCGGCGCCGGAGAACCAAGUCCGCCCAUCACCGUCAGCGGAAGCGAGAUCAGUAAUCCCGGCACACCGUCCACUCCGCCGGCUAACAACAACAAUAAUUCCACUACAAAUAACAAUAAUAAUAAUAACAAUAACAAUACGACGCCCAUGAGACCGGCGCAGAUCAGAAGUCCCUACGAGUGGAUGAAAAAGACCUCCUACCAGAGCCAACCGAAUCCAGGAAAGACACGAACAAAAGACAAAUACAGAGUGGUUUAUACGGAUCACCAGCGGUUGGAGCUCGAGAAAGAGUUCCAUUACAGCCGUUACAUCACGAUUCGUCGUAAGGCCGAACUUGCUGCAAAUUUAGCGCUCUCUGAACGACAGGUGAAAAUCUGGUUCCAAAACCGACGGGCGAAAGAACGGAAACAGGUGAAGAAGAGGGAAGAGUUGGAACAGAAGGACACGAAAUCGGGGGACGGUAUAACGAGCGGAGCAAUGGCCAGUCUAACUCUCGGUGGAAUGGGAGGAAUGCUGGGCGGUUUGAUGCACAACGGAGGCUCUCCACCGUUGACCCUAGGCCACCCGUCUCAUCACACGCUUAAUUUGGGCCAGGCGCCUACUUCGCUGCAUCCGCACGCCCAUCAGCACGCUCAUCUGCACACGGUGUUGGGCUUGUGACCUGAGGAACCUGAACUCGCUGAUACUUGGUCCAGUCAUGGCUGACCUAGCAACGCCAUCGUUUCAUCCGCGAUCACGAAAAGAUCAUCGGGCACCAUCACCGGCACGCUCGAUCUUUGCUACAGAAUCUGCGUCCUACGUGAGUUUUCCACACUAUUCGCGGCUAAGAUCGAGCAUUUAUCCAUCCGCGACGCUUUUCCGCCAAAGUUCGAUGAUUUCAAAUCGGGGUUCACGUUUUUCAUUCAUCGUACUUCGCCGCAUUAGAUAAACAGCCGGGGAACGGUGGUCUUUGUUCGUGAGAUUGUGUCAAGACUGGUAACUGUGUGGACGGAGAUUUUAUUUUAUAUUUUUUAUUUCUGGAUGUCUGUUGGGUCUGUUUGUUGGCAUUUAUCGUUAUCCUCGUCCCACGCGUCGGUUCACGAGGAAUUGUAAUGAAGACAGCGAGGAGUUCGAGGGUCUACCACGGCGUCGGUCGCGACACGCUACGUUUUUAUGCUCAGUAUUAUUUUCAAUUUCGCUAGAACGAAGUUCUGACCACGAAUCGCUUUACGAUUUUUAUCUAAGGAUUAUUAUUUUCUUUCUUUUUUUUUUAACGAGCACAGAAGAUAACGAUAGAAUUAUUUUAUAUUACAACGCUUCGUGGAUGAUUCAGAAAACAAUUGCACUGACGAUCGGAUCUCCGGCUAGCCGAUAUUUUACGAAAAACGAAAACAAGGAACACGUGCAAUCUUUGCCUUAGAAAACCACGAACCACUGUUCUCGUAUCCAGUGGUUAGAAUUUAACGUCGUAUUAAGUUAGAUUUUAAACGAAAAAAAUUUAGGAAAUAUAUGUACAGGGACCUCGAAGGUAACUCGGAUAAAUUUAACAAUAAAAAUGAUAAAUGGGUUCAUUAGAUGCGUUCUAAAAGUACAACUCGCAAGAUGCUCUCAGAAAAUUUAAAAAUGAUAGAAAAAAAAAUUAUUCUGCUUUGAAGUAUUCAAUUACUUUUUGAUAUGGAUCGAUCUGACCCUACAGCAUCACUAUUCUGUUGUUGUACAAGAAUACUCAAAAGCGCGUUAUGGUUUCUGAGAGUUUUGUAAGAUAAUCUUGCGAGCUAUUAUUCAAUCACAUAUUUAUUAUUUUUACUGUUAAAUUUCCUUGUGUUAUCUUUCAAGUCCCUAUAGUUCGUGGGAUGGGGGAUUUGAAAAUGACGAACGGGAAUGAAGAGGAUUGUUAGUGUAAAAGACAUUGCGUGAGGCGAAAAUAUGGUAAAAAUGUACCAGAGUGUACGAAAAGCAAAGACGGACGUUCAGAGUCGAACGUCGAAACAAGAUGGCUGGGAUCGGGGUCCCCAUACCCAGCCGCAAGGACCGUUAAAUUGUAAAACAGCGUAGUCUAUAUCGAGAAAUCACGCGUACUGCUUCACCUAUGCGAAACGGGAUGCGAUAAACGUGUUUUGUUUUUUUUUAAAUACUUGUUAAAAAUCACUUUGUGGGGAAAGUGCAAGAUGGGAAUUAUACAUACGUAAACUAUAUAUGCCUUGAAAAACCACGAGAAACGAAGUCGUGUCGUAAUUACGCAACUUUUAAUCGUACCGAUUUUAAUCUUCGACUUUUAUUACCUUCUCGCUCGAAAUGAGUUUCUCUUUUUUCCUUUCCGUUCUCGAUAUUUUAUUUCGCUUUACGGCUACUCGACGGUAGAUUCUUAGAUCGAAUUUUAAUGACAAUAAAGAAUAAAAGAAAAAAAAACAGACGAAAAAUAUACAGGCUGUUUUCGAGAGGGAAAUGAAAAAUAAGAGAGCCGAUGUUUACGAGCCGUGUGCCUUGAGCGUUGCCAACCCUUCAACACGCAAUCACGAUUUUCUGUAGACGCGCGCGUGUAUAUGUAUGUAUGUGUGUGUGUGUGUGAGUGUGUAUGUUUAUGAAUAAGAGGAAGAUUGUAACGCAACAUUAAAAAUCUCACGUGAAUUAUGUGUACAUAGUUACAUAAAAUACCGCAAUUCGUAAGUUAUUAUAUUAAAUAUUAACAUUAUUAAUACUAAUGAAUGUUACACGAUCGUUAAGCCUAGUAUUAUAUCGAUAUGUGAUCGCAUUGCAAACUUUAAAAUAUACGGUCUAAUGUUUAGUAA